GCGAAGCGUAGAGAGAGAGAGGAAGGGGAAGCGAAAGCGAGCUGCACGUUAUCACUGGGCUGCUGUCGAGAUGAAUCUUUUUAUACAAUGCAAUCAGCAGAGGAAGCGAGCACGCCGAUCACUGAGCUGAGGGGUAGAGAUACUGAAAGGGAGAGCUGUGAAAGCCGAUUCGGGGAGGAAGAGAAACACACACCGUAUCUCUCUUUUGUCACAUUUGUAUGUAGAGGAAUUCCCACGGAUUACAAAUCAGAUCUCACCAUGGGCUGUGUGCAUUGUAAAGAGAAGGGCUCUUCCUCCAAGUCCCAGGAAGUGGUGGCAGAUGGGAGCCAGCAGCCCUCACACCCCCGCUACGGACCUGACCCAACCAAUCUGAGCCAGCCGGGCAGCUUCGCCCGCAUCCCCGACUUCAACAACUUCCAGAACACGCCUGUCUCCACGGCAAUGCCCUUUGGAGGUUCCACCCCCUUCCCCUCCGCAACGCAGCAGUCCACGGGAGGGGGAGGGGCUUUCACUGGCGGGGGGGUGACGCUGUUCCUGGCGCUGUACGAGUACGACGCUCGCACUGAAGAUGAUCUCAGCUUCAGGAAGGGGGAGAAAUUCCACAUCAUCAACAACGUGGAGGGUGACUGGUGGGAGGCUCGAUCUCUGGAUACUGGGAGGACUGGGUACAUUCCCAGUAACUACGUUGCCCCAGUGGAUUCCAUCCAAGCUGAGGAGUGGUAUUUCGGGAAGAUGGGACGCAAGGAUGCGGAGCGCCAGCUGCUGUGCCAUGGGAACCCCCGAGGCACCUUCCUGAUACGAGAGAGUGAGACCACCAAGGGAGCGUACUCCCUGUCUAUCCGCGACUGGGACGAGGCGAAGGGGGACCACGUCAAGCACUAUAAGAUCCGCAAGCUGGACAAUGGCGGGUAUUACAUCACCACGCGCUCACAGUUUGAUACGGUGUCGCAGCUAGUGAAGCACUAUAAAGAGCGCUCUGCAGGGCUGUGCUGUCGCCUGGUGGUGGCGUGUCACAAGGGGAUGCCCAAGCUUGCUGACCUGUCAGUCAAAACCAAAGACGUGUGGGAGAUCCCGCGGGAGUCGCUGCAGCUCAUCAAGAAGCUGGGAAACGGGCAGUUCGGGGAAGUGUGGAUGGGCAGUAACGAUGGUCUUUGCAGCUGUCUGCUCAAGGCCUGCCCCAACUCGACCCCUCAGACCCUAGGCCUGAGCCAUGAUGCCUGGGAGAUCUCGAGAGACACCCUGAGACUGGACACCAAGCUGGGGCAGGGCUGCUUCGGGGACGUGUGGAUGGGCAUGUGGAACGGCACCACGAAAGUGGCGGUGAAGACCCUGAAGCCGGGCACCAUGUCCCCUGAGGCCUUCCUGGAGGAGGCUCAGAUCAUGAAGAGGCUGCGGCACGACAAACUGGUGCAGCUCUACGCAGUGGUGUCGGAGGAGCCCAUCUACAUCGUCACAGAGUUCAUGAGCCAAGGGAGCUUGCUGGAUUUCUUGAAGGAUGGAGACGGUCAGUAUCUGAAGCUGCCGCAGCUGGUGGACAUGUCGGCGCAGAUCGCCGCGGGGAUGGCCUAUAUCGAGAAGAUGAACUACAUCCACAGAGACCUGCGAGCCGCCAACAUCCUGGUGGGAGACAACCUGGUGUGCAAGAUCGCCGACUUCGGACUGGCGAGACUCAUUGAGGACAACGAGUACACUGCGCGCCAAGGUGCCAAGUUCCCCAUCAAGUGGACGGCCCCCGAGGCAGCUCUGUACGGCAAGUUCACAAUCAAGUCGGACGUGUGGUCCUUCGGGAUCCUCCUGAUUGAGCUGGUGACCAAGGGCAGAGUGCCCUACCCAGGGAUGAAUAACCGGGAGGUGCUGGAGCAGGUAGAACGGGGGUACCGCAUGCCCUGCCCGGUGGGGUGCCCUGCCUCGCUGCACGAGCUCAUGGUGCAGUGCUGGAGGAAGGAGGCAGAGGAGAGGCACACCUUCGAAUACCUGCAGGGCUUCCUGGAGGAUUAUUUCACAGCCACAGAGCAGCAGUACCAGCCAGGAGAGAACCUCUGAGAAGAGACAGACAGACAGACACGCACGCACGUACACGCAAAUUAAAGGGGCUUUACUUUCGCAAAGCAUGGUCCUCUCUCUGCAACCCUUUUUAAAGAACAGAAAACUGCUCUUGCUUCAACUGUACCUUCCUACUCCAACCAAAACACUGACAGUACAGAACCACAAGCAUUUCUCUUUUUUUUUUGUCUCUUGCUGCAUUCAAGUGCCAUAUGAGGAGUUUAAAAAGGGACAUACAGCCAUUGCUGAAGCAGCCCUCUCUCCAGUAGACUGCAGCUGACUGGUAAAGACAUUGAGAAGCAGGAAGGAGUCUUUUUAUUCAAGCACUGACUUUGUUGAGCACAUUUUAAUUAUUCUUGUCAACUUCUUUAUUUACUGAGAACUUUAUUUUUUAUUUCAGGGAGGGUGUGUGGGUGCAUUAAUAAAUAUUCUCUCUCAAACUCUUUUUUUAGAAUCAUAAUUUGUAUUAUUACUGCUGUUUUUAUUACUAAUAAUAAUAAUUGUUAUUGUUAUCGUCAUGUUGUUGUUCAAUGUAUGCAAUCAGGAUCCCGCUCCUCUUCUCUUUUUUAUAGCACAGAAAUGACUUGUUUUCAAUGUAAACAGCAUCUGGAAAUCGUGCCACGGAAUCAAGGAAGCUGCACACGUUGCAAUGUGUUUUCUGUGGCGCUGCUUUUUCUGACAGUCGCUGGAAUAGAUGACUAGAAGACUUUUUUUCUCUUUUUUUUAAGCCAUGUAUUUUGUGAUUGAAUGUCUGGAUGUAGAAAAAGAUUUUAAAAGGGGUCACCGCCUCCUCGAAAUCACGAGUUUCUGCAGCAGCAGAGAGGCACUAAGAUGCUCGCUCACGGGGUGUGAAAGUUUUGGGUUAGUGCUUUGAGCAGCCCAGGAUUCUUAAAGCUACAAAGCUGUUAGAUAGUCUGGCUGACUAAAUAAUUCCAUCAGCCAUCCAGCACUUCCACUAGCUUCACAGGUCUCCAAUCUGCACUUUCUAAAGGAAUGCAUGCUACAGCACACAUGGACUUUCUGUUUUAGGGCGUGACAUCUGCUCCUCUAUGAAGUUAAAGGAAGUUCACAGUUUCUGUGAGGUCAUCUGUUGCACUUGCAUUUCAUUCAGCAGUGUCUUCUGGGUCAAAGCAUGUUACUGGCUGAAAGCAUGUCAGUCAAUAGGGGAAGCAGCUGGUUGGUUGAGAGGAAAUAAGCCAUUGAAGGAAUAUCACCCUCCAGGUGGAUCUCACAUGGGAAGUCUCUUGGUUGGUCCCCGUUAUCAUGCAUCUGUAUAUAACUUCUACUUACUCUUCAUUUGAAAUUGUAAAUCUGUGCACAGUUUAAACUCUGUAGAACAGUCUGGAGGACUGCUGCCUUUUCCUACUUCCCAGAUCAGACAGUGACCCACAGCCCCUCCCAAUCAGACAAGAUUAACCAAUCAGCCAGCAUCGAUUUCACAGCUGAUGACACCCAGAACUUCCCCGGCACACCAUAGGCUCAAUCACAAAUUCAAAAACUUAAGAAGACAAAUGUUAAAUACCUUCAGCAGUGUUACUCUGGUGUGUUGUCUAAUGCCUUCAUCAGUGUGAGUUUGUGACAUUAUGUGUAACCUCACCGCUCAAUGCUCCCUAUGGACAUUGAGUUUGAAUGGAUGUGUCACCCAUUAAGAUGGUGAUGUGUUCAUGAAUAAUGUGUGUUCAGGUACACACUCAUUUAUAUGGUUGGGCAAGUUUCUUCUAGUUUCAGUUUGUUGAUGCAAUCUAGUGUGAUUCUCCAGUGCUGUAAAAUGCUCUAAACAAACCUAGGUGCGACCCAUCACAGUUUAAACCGAGCCAUUAUUUUCAAAUCAUUUUCCAUCAGUUCAUGGACAGUUGAGCAUUUGAAAUUCCAGAUGAAUAUAUUCUGCAGAGUUCCAUUUUAAAAAGCUGUGUUCCAUUGUUGUUUUAAUAUUAAAAUCUUCAGGGUAAUUAGUCAGUGCUGUGAAAUGCUCUGAUAAGAGGUGGCUGCUUUCCUGGAUGGGAUAUGCUUUGUGUGAAUUCAAGGUGCAUUUUCUUUUUUUAAGAGAGCGCCAGGACUGAGCCCACAAGGCUCUGAGUCCUGUCAAGUCCUUUUCAACCAGGUUUACUGACUUGCUUGGCUUUGUUCAGUUAGACAGUUAAAAAGACCUCUGCCUGGAUUGAAUCCAGAUUAGAGCAGAGCCACAGCCAUUAGACAGUGGAGCGAUGGCUCCGGUGUAAGCCUUGACUAGACUGAGCCCUGGUUGGAACGAGGCUCUGCUGUGCUUCGUUCAAUAAUGAAAGAUCUCUGUGCACUGUGUUUCUGUUGCAAUUCAUUUACAGUGAAACCCUGAGAAUGGGUGGAAUGAAACAGAAAAGACGGCUUGUUAUUUCUGAAUUACUCCUCCUAUUGUUCUCGUUGGUGUUAUUCUCAUUAUUAUUUAACAGUGUUGUUUUUAAUGUACUCCUUUUAUUUUUGUUUUCUGAGCGGUUGCAAAGUGCAACACCGUUCCUCUUUCUGUUAUUUGCUAGUGUGUAAAUAAGUGAAAUAAAGACUUUCUAAGAGGC